GUAUUAUUUUUAGGUUAUCAACUCUGUUGAAAAGUUCGAUAUAUUUUGAAAGAUCCCAAAAUUUACUAUGAAUUUGUCUAAUAAAUAAAAAUUAUGAUAUAAAUCGAUAAAUUCCAAGCGAACUGAAGUUAAAAAACUGCAUUCUAAUCCAUCCAAUAUGUCAAAAUCCAAUGAAAACCAAAAUAAUGCAACUGAACAACCAGAAUCUGGUAACCCUAAUGUGACAGAUACUUGGGAUAAAUGUGAGUGCAACUAUCCAAAAGUCUCACUUGUCUGCGAAUGUUCAUCAAGCGAUGACGAUAAUGUGAAAGGAAGUGCAAAAAUUAAACCUCGAAUGGUUGAAAUAGAUACAAACGUUUCUGAGGAUGAAAAAUUGAAGGAUGAUGCUUCUCCCCCUGAAAAAGAUAUUUCUUCAGACAUUGGUAUGCCGUCUAAACCUGCAAAAACCGACAGUUCUGUUAUAGAAGAUGAAAAAGCUACUCCAGAUUCUAUUUCUCCUGAUACUGAUUCACCAUCAAAAUCUGUUGAAGAAACAGAGGAUACUGCAUCCAAAUCUGCUAAAGCGGAAGAUGGAAAAAAUAUUACUCCUGAUACAGAUUCGUCGACUAAACAAGCUGAAAGUACUGAAUCUGAGCCCGCCGAAAGCAAGAGUCCUCUUGUCGAGGGCGAAAAAGGAACUCCAGAUGAUAUUUCUCCUGAUACUGAUUCACCAAUCAAACCAAUUGAAGAUAGUUUACGUGUAGAAAAUACAGGAGAUAUUGCACGUGUAGAUAUACCUGGAAGUGAUAUUCCUCCCGAUGAAGGAGAAACUAAAAAAUUAAAAGUUGAAGGUUUGGAGAUUCCAAGCAUUGACUGCAGUUGUAGAAAAGAUGGGCAAACCUUGAAGGAAACAAAUCUCAUUGCCAGAAAUGCGAACUGCGAAAGAACAUUUAUUAUGGUUAAACCAGAUGGUGUUCACAGAGGUCUGGUUGGAAAAAUUAUCAAAAAAUUCGAACAAAAAGGAUUUCGUUUAGUAGCAUUAUCACUUAUAUGGCCUACGGAAGAUCUUCUAAAAAAACACUAUCAGAUGCUAGCUGACAAGCCUUUUUUUCCCGGUCUCAUACAAUAUAUGAGCUCUGGUCCAGUAGUUCCUAUGGUAUGGGAAGGUAUGGGUAUCGUUAGUACUGGUCGAAAUUUACUAGGCGCUACAAACCCAGCGGACAGUGCACCAGGUACCAUUAGGGGUGAUUUGUGUAUUCAAGUUGGAAGGAACGUCUGUCACGCUUCAGAUUCUAUUGAUUCAGCAAACAAUGAAAUAGCUUUAUGGUUUACUGAAAAAGAAAUGAUAUCUUGGGUUCCUGCUAUUCAGCCUUGGGUUUAUGAAAACUAACAUUGUGUAAAAAGUAUUUAAUAAAGUGUGAAAAAUUAUGUUAAUGUA